AUGGCGGACGCAGCCACCGAGCCCAGCCACUUGCCCAGGCCGGGACAGGCUCUGGCAAGCUUCCAGGGUGAAAGCUAUGGCGACGAAUACCUCACACUCGCGGAGGGGGAGCACGUGAUGCUGCUGAAGUGUUCAGAGGAGGACGCAGGCUGGGCCUACGGCAUGCGAAGCCACGACGGUGUGUGCGGCUGGUUUCCGCCCUCGUUCUGGAGCCCCGCCGCGGAGCUCGGCAGCGCGCCGGCGGAGCAGGGCGGUGAGCAGCGGCACGCGGACCAUGCACAGGCAGCGCAAGCAGCCGACGGGGACGACUGGGACGUGUCUUUCUCCUACGAGCGAGAUGCUCUUCUGCAGGUGGGGGCCGCCUUGACGGGCGGGUUCGAGCAGGCCCCGCCAGAGGAGCUGCUGGUCUCGACGCGCGAGGAGCCGCCGCCGCCGCCGCCCGCGCCACCCGCGGCGCCUGGAGAGGAGGUGCUGCCACAGUUGGACCCUUUCGUCGAGAAGAUCUAUAUGCUCACGAAAGUGGCCAACGGGAAGGUGAAGAUCACCAACUUGGUGCAGGCCGCAAUUAGCCUCGGGGUCUUCCCGCCGCAGCGGUCCCACGGCCAGAAUGUAACCGACACCUACGCGGCGGUGAGGAGCAAUGUUGAGAUAUUCGAGCCGCUGCCUGAGGUUGCGCCAUCCCAGUUUGGCAAGCUCGAGAUCGUUUGCCGGCGGGGUUCCCCGAUCGCGCUGUUGCCGACGCUGCUCCUCAACCACACCGAGAUGGCGCCUGGUCUGAACCUCGUGUACAGCAGCGAGCCGCCGCACCUCGUCCCGAUCCAUUGGCAGGAGCUGCUGGUCCUUGGCGCGAAGGACGCGCAGCCUCUCAUGCUCCUGCCGCAGCAGCACACGGCCAUAGUCAGUUUCCAGCCGCUGGAGGCCAGUAGUGCGUCGUCCGCGAAGGAUGUGGGCGUGGCUGUCGCCGACGCCAUCGUAGGCAGGCGGACCACCGUCGCGAUGCUCAACGACGACGUGCUGCCCCUCGUAGUGCUGCUCGUCAUGCUCUGCAUCAACAGCAAGCGGGGCUGCCUGUCCGACAAUUUGUUCCAGCACCCACGUGCUGAAUUUGUGGCACCUGCUGCUCGAGCCGCGCACCAAGUUCAGGGCAGCACCGCCACCGUGAACGAGGUGCAGGGCUCCAGCCAGAACGGCUACGAGGUGCAGGGUUCCAGCCGCGAGGUGCAAGGCUCCAGCCAGAACGUCUACGAGGUGCAGAGCCCCAACCGCGAGGCGCAGGGCUCCAACCAGAACGGGCUCGCCACGUUCGAGAUGACGGCCUCCAACCGGAACAUCUACGACAGCAUCCGUGGGGAGGCCCCGUGCGUCGAGGGCGCGGCCGCCCGUGCGCCCGCCGCGGGCGUGGUCUUGCGGGGCGCAGGCGCACGCAACUGGGUGGACAUUGUCCCCGAAGCGCACGUGCCGCCGCUCCGGCUCCACCACCUGGCCUUUGCCUCCGCCGUGCAGCAGCCUCCGGGCAUGCACGGCUCGCUCCAGGGGCUCUCGGGGCGCCUUCGGGGCGCCCCAGGAGGGCCGCAGGUGGGUCGCGAGGCGGGGUGGUGCCUCAGGUGGGUCGCAAGGUGGUCGCAGGUGGGCAAGCGCCUAGGACUCCUGGGCAGGCCCUCUGGCAGCCGCGUCCUGAAGCUGCCUCACAGUCUCGUGAGCGGCGCGGGGACCCGCGGCGAGCCCGAGGACUCGUGCGCCUCCUGGGUGCGGGCCCGCGACGGCGGGCUCUACCUGUACCCGCCCCUGUCGGACUUCUGGGAGGACGUGCCCUGCUCCGGCAUCCCGCUGCUCAGGAGCGGGUCCGAGGUGCACAUCAAGCUCGGGCCCAACGUCCUGCUGGUGGACGGGAAGGGCCGCAACCUCAUGUGGCAGCACUGGAUGCCCCGCUCGCGAGGCUACCGGCGCUCCAUGGCCUUCAUCGUGGAGAGGCGAGCGGAGCGCCAGAGCGGCUCGCAGAGAAUGCCGUCCGACCAGGUGCCUGAUGACGGGAGCCUUGGCAUCGUAUUCGCGCUGCGGUCGGUGCAGAGUGGAAGAUAUGUCGUCGAAGGCGGCAUGCUCGAUUGGUACUGCAUGCAGGCCACUGGCGAACGGCCAGAGGACGCUGCGGUCUUCACGCUGGUCCCGCUGAUGCCGAGCAAGGCGUCACCUCAAAUCAGCACCCCGGAGAUGGCGAGGGCCUCGGCCCACAUGUUCGCCCUGAGACUGUCUGGGCAGGACAAGCUGCUCAGCAUCCAGAAAAACGGGUACGUCAAGAUGACCGCGGUUGCGGACCUGGACAGCGGCAUCGACAACGAGACCAUGGCCAUGUCGUUCGAGUGCCUGCAGCCGGUCGACUCCUACGAGAUCGUGUUCCACUCGAAGCAGAUUGGGAUAAAAGUCGGCCAGGAAGUGCCGCUGCACGUCUCGGGGUUCACGGCCAUGCAGUCGGCGAGCGGGCUGCCCGAAGUCGGGCCCGCCGAGAACAGCGGUCGAGUACACAUUGGGGACGUCAUCAAGAGCGUGAACGGCCAGGACAUCGACGGGAUUUCCCGCUCAGACGCCUUGACUAUGAUAGCGAGUACGAGGCGACCAGUGACGUUGGUAUUCAAGGUGGCCGACUCCUUCGUGAGAUGA